GGAGCGGAGCGAGGGGGGUGGGGAGGAAGGAAGGAAGAAGAAGAGGGAGGGAGGGAGAGAGAGAGAGAGGAGGAAAGAGAGAGAGGAGGAGAGAGAAGAGGUGGAGGAAUCCGAGCGAGGAAGGGCGCACGAGAGAUCGUCCCAGCGCUUUCUGCUCCUUUAUUUUUUAAAAGAGAGGGAUCCAGAAGAGACGCGAGCCAGUCUGCCCUGGGGCUCGCUCUCCUUCGGAGCUAUGAAGCGCCUGGCUCCCGGCUCGGAUUCCGGCGUCGAUCCAACUCCGGAGCCUCGCGAUCCUUGAGCGACCGGAGAAGAAGGGGCGGGGGUUGGUUUCGCUUUGGGUCGGAAAGGCGAAGGAAGGAAAGAAGGAAGCUCCCCCGGCUGCUGCCCGCUCGUUCGCUCGCUCGCAAACGGCGAGGGGGGAAAGAGAGCGCGCGAGCGCCAGAGAAGAAAAGGGGGGGCCGGCGGCAAGAUCCCCCUCCCCUCCCCACCCCACGGCCGCCAGAUCCAGCUUGGCUUUCUCUCCCUCUCUCGGGGAGGGGGGUCAGGAGUUCUUGUAGGACUGGGAGGGCGGGGGACGCGCUUCUCCGCCGACUCCCCCUCCCCAAACCUUUCCGAUUGCAAGAUCAUCUUGAGCUGUUCUUAAAAUUUUAUUUUAAGGACUUGAUUAUUUUUUUGAAGGCGUCAAGACUCGCCCUUGUCGGCUGCACUUUUUUGGGGGGUCCCCCCUCCAAUUUGAUCGGGGAGAAGGGGCUCUGUUUCGCCCUCCCUCCUGCCUGCAAGAGGAAAAAAACAUAUAAGGACUUACCGGCCCCUCGGAGACGUCCAGAAGAACUCAAAUCACCGGGACUGUUUGGUAGUGUGGUGUUUGUAUGUGAGUCUGUGUGCGCCUGUUUGUGUGGGCUUUCCCCCCCUUCUCCCCAGUUUCUGGCCCCCUGCACAGGAACCCGAAGGCAGUUUUGCCAGAGUUGAGGUGGGUUGAAACCCACCAGCCCGGGGGCGCUUCUGAGAACCGCGAACAGAAAACGGGUUGAAAUUCACUAGCUCUCCUGCCUGAGCUCGCAGGGGGAGGUGUGCUUGUGUGCGUGUGUUGUGUGUGUGUGCACGGGGUGGGGGGGGAUUGAAAUUGACAAGCAAAGCAGGCGCCUCUUCUUCUCCCCCCCGCGAUCAACUCCCAACCCCUCCCUUGCUGGAGGGAUCGGGCUUUCCUCCCGGAUUUGUGGAUGUACUGAUGAGAGAUCCAGCCUUCCCGGGGACUGCGAUGGCUUACCACCCUUUCCACGCGCCCAGGCCGUCCGACUUCCCUAUGUCAGCUUUCCUGGCGGCCGCUCAGCCCUCCUUCUUCCCGGCUUUGGCUCUGCCUCCGGCCGCCCUGACGAAACCUUUGCAGGAUCCUAGCCUGGCCGGAGCCGCCGAGGCCAGUUUGCACGUCUCGGCGCUGGGACACCACCACCAAGCCGCCCAUCUGAGGUCGCUCAAAAGCCUGGAGCCCGAGGAGGAGGUCGAGGACGACCCCAAAGUGACCCUGGAAGCCAAAGAUCUCUGGGAUCAGUUUCACAAACUAGGGACCGAGAUGGUGAUCACCAAAUCUGGAAGGUGAGCAGUUGCGGGCACCAACCACGUUGCAAUUAGGAAUAGCAAAAGUAAUAAUUGAUAAUGAUAACAAUUCAUAUUUUUAAUGAUAGGAUAAUAAUUCAUGUUUUGAAUGAUAGCAGGAUAAUAAUUCAUGCUUUGCAUGAUAGCUUGAUAGGGGCAUUAUUAAGCACUGAUUUUUGCUGGGUGGGGGGAGGAAUCAACCUUCUGCGUUGUUUCUUACGGUACGCUCCCCCACCUAUGACUUUAAUUUAAAUGUAUCUGUCAUCUCUCUUAAAACGCCUUCCUACCCCUAAACCCCUUUCCAGCCAAUGCCACAUAAACUGGAAGUAAAGUUUUCCUGCAAUCAUGGGGUUUUAUUCCCAAGCCAAUGCGUUCAAGGUUGGGUUAGUGUGUUUAAAUGCUAAGCAGAUAUGUCUGAUUUUUGGUAAAGGGUUCUUGCUGUGUGCGCGCGCGCGCGUUUGUGUGGAAGUCGUCUUUUCCACGCUGAAACUAGGUCUCUUCCCCGCCACCUCCCCAAUUCAUGGUUAAUUAUUUAAACCCUAUAAUUCCAUAUUGUAUUUGUGUACACGAUUAAAAGAAAACUUGUUUCCGGAUUAAAUGUUUCUGGCUGAUAGCCUCGAAACACCCCAGAGUUGUGUGAUUUUAGCUAAUAUUGUUAUUUUAUUUUUAAAGUUCAUAUGUAUGUAUGUAUUUUUUUAAAGCUGAAUAAUUACACUUUACAUUAAAAUAUCCUAAAGGAGCCUAGGAGUACAGAUUGCAACCAUAGGGCACGCUUUACAUAGGAGUAAGCCCCAGUGAACACGGUUGACUUGACUACAAAGGGUAAAACAGGCAUUAGGAUCAGGCCAAAGAGGCAUAACUGAUGCCAGAAAUACAAAACUGAGGGUCUUCCUUACGUUCAAAGCACGGUGCUGAAUGAAGGAGGGAUGAUUUUUGGAGGUUUGGAAAUGGAUUUGAAACGCUCCCUUCCACCCAGAUUCCUGAAAAUUUGGGUACUGCGGUUUGGAUCUGCUAAAUUUCUUUCCAUUUUCCGUUUCAUGUUGCCUGCAGGGAAGCCCUCCGUCCUCGCUGGGCCCCCUGCCCUCCCCACCCCAAAUAUAAUGAGCGGACAAAUUUCUCGAACUUCCAGGGAGGGGGUUUCCUGUUGUUUUAUCUAUUCUCUCCCCCCUCCCUUUGCCAGCAAUGCCUUCGGUCUAUUAAGAGAAGUUUGAGGUUUGCAUUUUGUCUCUUUUCAGGUUAGGUCAAGGGAAAUUUGGAAUGGUAAAACAAGGGGCGGCCGCUUGGGCUUCGACACGACCCCUCACCCCAUUCGACAUGUAGAAUUUGCACCACAUUUUUUAAAGAGAGAGAGAGAGAAAAGAUCUGUCGUGCAGGCGCACAACUAGGCCAUUUGGCUUCCCUGCCCCUGACAAUCCGGAUUUCAACUUCCUUUUGAACCUGGAUUUUUAAUCCGGAACAAGGAAUCGUUUUCUUAUUAAUCUGCUCUUAAAAUAAAAAAAAAAGUCUGUCCUAUGCACGCUGUAAAUCCCAUUCACCCUUACCUUGAAGUAAAUCCCAGCGAAAUGGAUGGGAUUUAGCAUUUCAGAGUAAACCUGUUUGCUAGAAUCGGGCUUUCGAAUGCAAGAGGAAAGACAGGUUUUUUUUGAGGGGGGGAGCUUUCUUUCAAACCCUUCCCUCCUCGAAAUGCUCACCUUUUUAUAAAAGCAGGAUUUGGAUUGGUGAAUUAUUUUCUGGGGGGUCUUUAUUUGUUUUCAUAGAACCCUGGCCCUGAAAAGGUGGCCUAAUUUCAAAGGAUGUGCCCUGGGCCUGCAUUUUAAACUGCAACCUCGUAAAGACUUUCCUUGCACAAAACCGGCUUUACUCUGGAGUAAACGCGUUUAGGGCCCCCCGCGUCUGAGAAAGAGUUUCAGUCCAGUUGGAGUGCAUGUUUACUCGGAGACCAUUCCCACGGUGCGCAACUGAACCUUUCCCCCUUGAACUGUGCUCUGGGAUCGCGGGCGCCAAAGACCGCAGUCUCUGCAGCCUCUUUGGAAAGCCUGCUGAACAGAGUGGCACUUACUUCUGAGUAAACAUGCGUGGAAAUUGCCCGCCGAGGAAGCCCUGUACCUUAAAGUCCAGCUCGCCUUCAAAACAAAGCCUUAGAUUGUCACGCUUCUCUCUUUCGAAAAAGAAAGGGACGCAAUUCAAAACAAAAACACAAGGCCAUCUCUUGAAAUAAAAACCAGCGUUUCACAGUGAUCCAUAAUGUUUAAUAACGGGCACGUGUGUUUUAAAUAGAUUGCAGUGUUUCCGAGUUGAAUUCUUGUCUUUGCGAAGAGGUGGGUGGAAUGAUCGUUUCCCUUAAAACCUUGUUUUUUUCUUUUUUUAAAUUUCCUGGUGUUUAUUCAGGCGAAUGUUCCCCCCUUUCAAAGUUCGCGUCAGCGGCUUGGACAAGAAAGCGAAGUACAUUUUGUUAAUGGAUAUCGUGGCGGCCGACGACUGUCGCUACAAGUUCCACAACUCGCGCUGGAUGGUGGCCGGGAAAGCGGACCCGGAGAUGCCCAAACGCAUGUACAUCCACCCGGACAGCCCCGCCACCGGGGAGCAGUGGAUGGCCAAGCCGGUCGCCUUCCACAAACUCAAGCUCACCAACAACAUCUCGGAUAAGCACGGCUUCGUAAGUCCCUCCCGUGCCCCCUUUCCUUCUUUCUGUGGGGUAAAAAGCUGGGUGGGGUGGGGGCCAGGAGAGGAGCUGCUGUUUUUCUUUCAUUUAAUUUCCAAGGCUUUGAAACAUCCGCCCAACCUGCCACCUCCUCUGUGCCUCGGGGAUGCCCGGCUCCUGUCACACAAUUGACACGUGUCUCUAUCUUCAGAUAAUCUCUCCGCUGGGAACUGGAGUUUUUUUGUGGGGGGGGCAGUGGAGAGAGAAAGAGAGAUCAGGCAGGCAUACCGUACCCUUUUUUUAAAGAAAGAAAAGCUGCGAUCUGGAGCGCAGGAUUUAUUAAAGAGUUCAAGUCCUGGUUGAAAUGGUGGAGUAGGGGGCUUUACUCCUGAGUAAACCACCUCAAGAACUGGCGCUAUGGGGCUGCUGUUGAUCAGCACAGUUUAUCUCUCCCCAUUCCCGCAACAGGCAGAUCUUUUCCUUACUCUUUGAGAUUGGGAUUUUCUGGGGCGCCAGGCGCUGUACAUCUGUGGCUCUUUAGAGCCGCAUUAAAGUGAGUAGUCCUCAAUCCGAAAUGCCUGAGCUCUUGUUUACAACUCCCUUUUGCAAACCUCCUCGUUAAAGCUCUCCUUUUGGAGUCUGUAUUUAGUCAACUUCGUAGAACUAUUCCGUAUAUGACACGUAUAAUAGUGUGUGUUCCAUAUAUAAUUCGUACAAUAUCUCGUGUGUGUGUGUGUGUGUGUGUGUGUGUGAAUGGAUGUGCACGUUCUUGGUCCCCGUCUUAAGAACUUGCAACCUCUAACCUGAAAGACCGUACACUUUUAAAUAAAAUUUAUCCGAUAGAAAUCUGUAGGGUGCUUUCCCCCCACACCUGAUGCUAAUGAAGGGGGCUUCUAUGACCCAUAGCUAAUAAAUCAUACCUCCUUAUCAGGAGUUUAAAAUUCGUAACAACUUACACCCCUGCCAGAGGUUGUCUACUUCUGGGGUCAGGGGUGGGGUGGGAUAAUGGGCGGAAAAUGCUCGCUGGAGAGCGUAUCCUACACGCUUGUACACGGUUGACUUGGAAGUAAAUUCUCAUCGAUUGCAAUGCGGAUUUAAAUGCGCAUCAUAGCCUUGCGGAUUUACAUCCGCAUCGUGUAUGCGAAGAGAUAUGUUAACUUGGGAAGGAAAUCCCAUUGAUUUCCCCGCUCGCCUUCCCAUCGGGACCUCCAGUCAACGUUGCAAUCCUAUCCAGAUUUGCCAGGGAAGUAAGCUUAACUGAGAUCAACCGGGCUUAAUUUAGAGUAAACACAAGUAACGUCGGGAGGGGAGAUGGGCACUUGCUUGCUAACAGUGCGGUGGCAGGUCGGUUUACUGGGAAGGAAUUCUGGUGUGUUCCGUGGAGCUUACUCCCAGGUAAGCCUGAAGAAAACAAUGACCUGCAUAAGUAACAUUUCUUCCAGGGUGAGCGGUUAGUUAGUGCCUUCAGUUCAGCGAAGGCUGAGGCAAUAAUUCAUGGAGGUAAAUCCCAUUGAAUUCAACGGGGUUUACUUCUGAGUAGGCACGCAUAGGAUUAUGCUGUGAGCUACUAUUAACAUUUCUGAUCAUUUUUUUUCACCGCAGGGGCUGGUUUGCUUGUUAUUUAUUAAAACCUAUAAAGUCUUUUUUGGGGGGGGGCAAGACAGCUAAAGUGAAUUAACAGGAAAUAUUUUUAUCCUAUAAAAUAAUCACCUUUAUUUUUAAUGCAGUUUAAACUCUGCUUCUUUUAUUUGCCUUAAAAUUGGCAGAAGGGGCUGGAAAAAACCCUUUUACUUAAAAUGCUUGGGGGUAUGCGUGUGCCUGUGUGAAUGGAUUCCAGUAGAUCUUUUCAAAACUGGGAAAUAGGGUUUGAUCCUGGAUUACUCUAAAAUGUACGCCAGUAAUUAUUCCCCCUCCCCGUUGAGCAGAAUAUAGUACUUUUCAUCACGUCUCCAUAAUUUUGCAAAAAGUGAAAAGGAGAUAAUUGUAAUUUAUAUAUAUCUAUAUGUUUUGUGUGUGUUUGAGUGUUAUAUAUAAAAUUAAGAUCCCUUAACUUUGGCGUGUGCGUGGAGGAAGCAGAAAAGAAGAAAUGCAGGGAUUAUUUCAAUAAAUCUUGAGGUCAUUUGUUGGGUGAUGAAUGACCUUUCUUUAAAGUCAAAUUAAAAGGUUACUUAGAAGGGUUUUUUUGUGGUGUGGGGGAGGCAUGUUUAGUUUUUACAGGUGUGUUCUUAGAUGAACAGGCUAGUUCGUUCUCCUUCAGGAUCCGGAAAAUAGGGGGAUCAACAGGCUAGUUCGAUUCCUUUCCCUAUUGAUUAGGAAGUAACUGCUCUGGUCUUCAAUGGAGCCUUAGGGAAGGAAUUGUGGGAGCUGCGCUGUUCUCCCCCAAUCACCACCCCUAGGAAAUCAAACGCUAUAAUCGAUAAUGUACACGAUGCUGCGUAUACCUGGGGUGUGGGAUCAAAAAACAAUUCUGCUGCCUUAAAAAAAGAGAGGGAGAUAGUUUCCUCCGCCGCCCCCCAGCCUUCAAUGGGCCCUAGUCUCUCUCUGCGUUAUACACACGCACUUUCAAUGCCUUUCUAGGUUUGGCGAACUCAGCGCCUUCUUAUAUCCCUUGCUAAACACCAGGAUGUCUUAAAAAGGCGAGCUUAACUUGCACUGAUGUGGUUGUCCGCCCCCUAUAAUCUUGGCACAAUUUUAGUACGCUGCCAUAGACCCUACAGGAACAAUUCAGAGCCCACAGUCCGAAUGAGCGUGCUGCUUUAUAUAUUUAAUAAUAGUUGUUGAUAGAUUUUGUGCCUUCUAUUUAUUUCGCAGUAGUCUUACCUGUAGGUCACGCCAUUUCCGCAGCAGAAUUUGCGGAUCGUGUGUGUGUGUGUGUGUGUGUUUCUCAAUGAUUUGUUGGCACACGCCUGUUAAAUAUAAACGCAACCACCCCACCAUCGCGUAUUGAAAAAGCGCGCUGCAGUUUUGUGCAGCGUUGCGAUCCAGCAUUGCGGAAUCCAAUAAGUUGCGCUCUUUGCAUUGAACAAAGGGGGCGGGGGGGGGGGAGGCGCGCUUAGCAGGCACGAAAGGGAAAGUUGUUUUUUUUUAAGUAACAAAUAUAAUGAUUUGCAGAGGUGGUCAAUUUCACCUUUAAUUGUAGAAAAAAAGACCUUGAGCCCAGCUCAGAUAGAGAGAAGGCCCCGAUCUAACGGAAGUGAAGCGUUUGUGUGUGUUUAAAGCCCAGGGGUUAACUUCACCAGCGAGAAAGUUUUAAGCCCAUGUUUAAGACCUCUCUUUUUCCGUGCCCCUCCCUGCGAAAUUAAUGGGGGGGGGGGAGUACAGACCGAGCCUAGGUGGGCUUACUCGGAAGGAAAGGCCGCUCGUUAAAAUGGGCACGACUCCCAGGCAACUGCGCCUAGUAGGACUGCAGGUUUUAAGGUGCUUCUGCGGGGCUGAAUUGUGCCCAAAUAUUAUUGGUACUUUGGGGGGGGGGAGAAGGAGACGGAGGGGUCUUUCUUAAAACGCCUUAAGUAAAAACAGGUCUAUUGGUGGAAACUAAGAAUGGGCAGAAUUACCUUAAAUAACGAAGCCCAGUCAAGUAUCUUUGUUUUAAUGUGGGGGACGGACACCCAGCUACUUUUUAAGAGGAAGGGAGAGGUUGGAAAUUAUUUAAUUUCAACCACAACUCUGCUUUUAACAUUGAAACCUAAAGGUUCACGACGCCAGCUCUAAAAUGUAAAGGAAAGACCACUUUCACUAGCAUAAUAAUUCCUCUCUUAAUAAUAAUGAUGAUGACGAUAAAAAAAUGAACGAACCGAUGGAUCCUGCAGUCUAUUUUUGUUCGGACGCUAAUCCAGUUUCCUCUUGUUGAAUUCGCUUUCAAGUUGAUAAUGUCAAGGAUCGCAGCCCAGUCCUGGGCGGGGGGGGGGGCGGUUAAUUUAAAGUGACUUCGACCCAAAUAAGGGAGCUGUGCCUUCUCCAGCGUCGUUACCUUGGGAAGCAACGCCGUGCAUGCAUAUUUACUCAGGAGUAAGCCACAGUGAGACAACCUAGGAUUUAUUUAUUUUUUAAGGGUUUUUAUUUAUAUCAGUUCCCAGCACGUUCACACACCUUGCUUCCAACCGCUUUGAUUCUGGAGUGAAUCCGAUCCCACCGGCUUCGGUUGUGGCGGGAUUUACUUCCAAGUAAGGUUUGCAAGCCCACAAGGAGGUGGGACAUACACCCCGCUCCCAAAUAACCACCGACAUCAACUAGGAUUUAUGGCUAACGUGUUUAGGAUGCUUAAAGGAGGGGGCAGAUUUCCCCUUAUUAUAGCUUAGGAUAUAAUACCAUGUAAGCAGUUUAUUUAGGGCGCUGUCCUGUGCACGCUUACCUGGGAGUAAACGCACUGAACGCAAGGGGGCUGCUUGCCUAGGAGUCUGUGCACUGCUAAGAUAUAAAGACUCCUCGAAUUUAAUGCAGAUACUAUUUUUUCAGUAUGUAACAGCUCCAGUUUAACAAUCCCCCCCCCAAAAGCAGUGGGUUUUAGAGGUGCCUAACUCUGCUUAAUGUAACUGUAUGGUUUAUUAGUGCCCCCAGAAUGAGUGGGUUUAAGGGGUGCCUAACUCUGUAAAGUCCUAUAAGUCUUAUGGAUAUAGCUGUUUGGAUUCCGCAGGAAUCCCAACUCUCCCGGGUUCUGGAUCAGGCCGUAUAUUUGACCCUCAGGUACCUCCAAUUUGAUCCCCGGAUUUGUGCUGUUUGUAAUUCAGACGCUCCACCAAAUCCCCAUCCCGUUUACUCAGAAGUAAACGAAACCAAAAGCCCCCAAUUCACUCAGCAGGAUUGACUCCCGAGUUGGCUUGCGCUUUGCUGGGAUUAUAAGUGUUGUCUGGAGAACAUUAUAAGGGCAGGUAAAUCAGUCCCAACGCCAGAACUCCAGACUGGGAGUGGGGGCCAGAGAAUUAAAAAAUAAAUAAAUCCCAUUUGCAAGAGACGCCUCCGACGAGGAGAGCUCAGAUCAAGCGAAUAACCGGCGUCCCCAUUUUAAGUGCUGUAUCAGUCAAAAUAUUGGUGUGUGGGAGUGUACGAGAAUAUCUUCGUGUAAGAAAGCUUCAUGCCAUUAUCAUUCUUCCAAGGAAUAGACGGGUUCGUUUAAGGUUCGUUCCGCACAGCAUUUAAUCCGAAUUACCACCCUUCUCCAUCCCGCGCUGGAGAACUUGCCGUUUUAAGGCGGCGGUUAUGUAUAACCUGACUUUUUUGGGGGUGGGGUGGGGAAUAAGCCACGAUGAAUUCAUCAGGGCUUACUUCCGAGUAAGGAUACCCAUGGAAGUGGCAUCUAUCUCCUCCGAUCCUGAACACGUGUGCGUGUGAUUAGGGGGUUCCAGACGCAACGUCGAAGACAUCGGAAGUCUCCCUUCAUUUCAAGGGCAAACGGCAUCUCUGUGCUGUUCCCUGCCUGCUGCGGAGUAAGUCCCAGUGUGGGAGCUCCAAUGGCGCUUACUUCCAAGGAAGUGGGUCCAAGGCUACGCAGUUUGUAGGCUGCUAUCCUAACGCCUGCUUCCUGGGAGCAAGCCCCAAUGAAUUCAAUAGGACUUACUUCUGAGUAGUGGUGGUUAGAACCGCCCUGAGCGGUCUCCCACUCUCUCUUGGGGUAUUCUCGAGUUUCAAAAGGGUUUCUGCUGAACUCCUGGGCGCACUUACUUCCGAGGAAACAUGCCCUAGGUGGGCUUGCGCCCUUUGCGUGGAGCGUGUCCCUCGAGUUAGGCUUGGCUGCUGCCUUCCUAACAAAGCGCUUUGGUCACAUUGACGGCAAUAAUGUAUCCUACUCCCUUGAGAGAUAAUUUGCUGCUGUUUGGAUCGGGGCGUUGGGCAUCUUCAGCCUCAGACACUCGAACAGCGCGAUUCUUUCCUCCGAAUUAAGUCCUGCGGAUGUAAAUUAAAUGUGCCUUGGGCCCUUGGAUGAUAGAGAUCGUUUGGAAGUAGGUCCAUCCUAAUCCACGAUGUUUACUUCCAAGUAAAAGCACGUCCUAGCAGAGGCAGAAGCUACCCUCACGACAUCGGGGUCUUCCUUCUAAGUAAUCCUAUUGGAAAGCCUGACAUAUCCAAAAGGGGAGCGCAUUCCCUUCUCGGAUAAAUGGGGCAUUUGAAACGUGCUUGGGAAUUGGGAUGAGUCUAUAAUCCUUCCAAGAAUUCCUAUUUCCCCUUGUCGUUAAAUAUUUUAAUAUAUGGACGCCGAGGAAAGAGCAAUUGACAUAAAGCGACCUGGUCAAUGUAAUUUGGACGGUAAUUAGUUGAGACUGGCUGAAUUUCUCUUAAUGGUUUUUCCAUAUAUAUAUACAUACACACAGUAUAUAUAUAUCGUCUAUUAGCUCAAAUAUUCGACCAUGAGGCUCUUCACUAUUUGGCAACCCAUGUGGUUUAUUCGGAAGCAAGCCCCAAUGAGUAAAAUGGAGCUUACUCCCAAGUAAGAGUGUUGAAAGUAGCAUUUUUGUAGAAAAAGAAAAGAGGGGGAAAAAUCUGCAAGGUUAUGCUGCCGCGCGCACACCGCACAUCUAAAGGCACACCGCCAAAGAAACUUGGGAGCUGUAGUUUGUUAAGGGUGCUGGGAAUGGUAGCUGUGUGUGCGGCGAGCUACAAUUCCCAGGAUCUUCUGGGAAUAGGGGGUGUGCCUUAUGGGGUGUAGACAGCAGGAGAGUGUAAAUGUACCUGUUGAAAGCGUCAACGUACUUGCUUCUAAGCCCCCCCCCCCCAUCCAUGGGAGAAAAGGAUUGUUAGAGUUCGAUCCGUUUCCCCUUCACACACACAACCGAGUCGAGAAACACGUCUUCUGGGUUUUCCCCCAGUUGACCGGAAUUCAAGUUAUUCCCCAUCCCGAACGUUCCAUUGCAAAGAACCCAGACUGGGCUUUGGACACAGGGUCUGAUCCUGGGCACGUGUCCUGGGGAAGUCCAUUACUCGGAAACCGAGGUACUUCCCGCCCCCCAACUCAACGCGAUGGUUUGUGAUUUCCAAGUGAAGCGACUCAUUUCAGCUGCAACCCAGUCACGAAAUCUGCCCGGAUAAUUCCAGAUGAAUUUGUUUAUGAAAAUUAUAGAAUUUCCUGUCGGAUUUCCAUACUUGUUCCGAGUUUAAAUGAAUUGAAAAGGGGAGGAUAUUUAUGGCAGUACCUUUGGCAAUUCGUUUGAGGUGGGGGGGGGAGGGGGGGUUAGUCACCUUUCACCGUUAAGUAGGUUCCUAACCAAAGGUUGUAGCCAACGUUAGUCAUUCUCAGAGUAGACCCACUGAAAUUAAUGGACAUUAUAAGCUCCGGUAGCAUUCAGUUGGAUGCAAUCCCGUGCUUCUAGGUGUCCAAAGAGCAAAAUAGGAUCUACUCCUUUUGCUGAAAGAGUUACACCCUUACCUGGAAGUAAACUUCGUUUAAAACUAGAGAGGCAAUCAGUUUACUCAGGAGUAAAGACAGCACCCUAUGCUCACUGCCAUGGGAGUUAGGCCACCAAAUACAAUGGAGCUGAAGUUGUCAAACGGAUGUAGGAAUACUCUUAAGUUAUUUUAUUUUGUUUAGUUUCCUGGGACUUACUUCCGAGUAAAUAUGUAUAACACCCAGAUGCUGGGGGUGUCAGGAAAAAUGGGCGUGCUUGGCACUUGCUCUUUGAAUACCUCCCCCCUUCGGACACGAUCCAGGGAUAGCAAAACAUUUCUAUGUCCCACCAUUGAGUUUCAUGGGGUCAGUAUGACGUUUGUGCCUAAAAUUCUCCCAUUGAAUUAAAUGGGGUCUGAAAGGGUUUCCUUCAUUAGUUUACCUGCCCUUUAUUUAUUAUCUUAUUAUUGUUACCAUUAUUCAUGCAGAAAGAAAAACAGCUUUCUUUUUUUAUCUUUUCCCUUUGUUUUAUUUGUGGGACUGCUGGACAUUUCUGUGUGUGGACAAAAGGCAAACCCAACUGACUCCCUUUGAAUGUCCUGCUAAAAUAACCUAUAUUUCCUUCCAAUAAUAUUAUCUAUUUGUCAAGCAACUGAAUUGGCCUUUUGGGGGGGAAACAAAUUUGCCUUACAAUUAUGUGUGUGUGUUUCAUCGGGUAUCAAACUCUAUUUAAAAACAGCUGUAGAAUAGUGUUGCAAAGAAUUAUGUCUCUUUUGCUGGACUUAUAGCAAAACACACACACACAUAUACAAACUUAAACAGGUUUGAGACUCUGCACACUUUUAUACCACAGUCAUAUAAAUGUAUACUCAGAAGUAAGCCUCAUUGAGUUCAGAGGGGCAUAUUCCCAGGUAACUGUGAAUAGGAUUGCAGCCUUCACUUUGGGUGUAAAUGCUGCUGAAGCCUGGAAUAUUUAUUUCCGGAUCAAUUGCACAGGAGUAUAUUUUACGUUUAUGAAGACCCAUUACAUUCAACACCUUUGCUCUUUCGUCUUGCAUCAGGCCAUAGCAACUUCCGAAAGUAUGCAGCAUAUAUAAACCCACAAAGUGUAAAAUAGCAUAUACAAAACACACUUUGUCAUUUAAAAUAUGACCAGUUCUUUCUCCUGAACCUUAGGCACUUUUGUUUUAAAGUGCACCAGCAGUCAAAAUCUUAAGCCUUUCUGUGAAUUGAUUGUGUUGUUGUUGUUGUUGCUACAGUGUUGUUGUUAUACCUCCCCACCUCCUGCAAAAAAAAGGGAGAACAACAAAAAUCCAGGAUAAGAUUAUGGUAUAAAAUCUAGGUAACCUAAUUCACUGCUUUUUGUUUUACUGGGAUUGCCUGCCUGAGCCUAUGAGAGUUUACGCGGAAGGGAAGCCUUGAGUUCAAUAGGCCUUACUUGCAGGAAUAAGUGGGAUCAGAAUGCAGGUUUCAUUUUCCUAGCUGGGGGUUCCAGAGUGAAGGCCUUGGCUCAGUGCUAGAGAAUCUGCAUUGCAUGUAGAAGAUCUCGGGUUCAACUAUUGGUCUCCCCAGAUAGGGAUGGGAGAGUUUCCUGCCUAAAACUCUGGAGAGCUGCUGCCUGUCAGUGUGGACAAUACUGAGCUAAAUGGAUCAAGGCUGCUUUUUUUGCUCCUUUGUUAUAGGACUGCAGCCUGCCUACCCUCUCCAUUACCACCACCCUUUUAACUUGCCUCCAAAUGUGAUUUUCUAUAUAAAUAUAAGUAUAAAUAUCAAUUGGGAAGAGGAAAAGGGUGAUUUUUUUAAAAAAGAAAAACAAACCUACUAUAUAUAUUAAAAAAGUGAAUUUGCCAAAUAUAUUUGUUUUGUUUGUUGCCUUGAUUUUAACCACCUCUUCUCUCUCUCUCCCCCCGCCUUUUUCUGAAAUAUAGACCAUCCUUAAUUCGAUGCAUAAAUAUCAACCGAGAUUCCAUAUAGUUCGGGCCAAUGAUAUUCUCAAGUUACCCUACAGCACUUUUCGAACUUACGUGUUUCCCGAAACGGACUUCAUAGCAGUGACUGCUUAUCAAAACGACAAGGUAAGAGACACAGAUAGACUGCCAUUGCAUCUGGAGGUUUUGUUUUGCUAGCAUUCUGAAUAGACUUGCCUUCCAUUAAUUUGUUCCCCCUCCCAUUCUUUUAAAGUCAAAAUAAUUCACGACAUGUUCCUAUGACACCACCACCUUACGGACCCCAUUUGGACCAUUGCAAUUUAUGGCAAUCCAGCUAUUGCUUUAUGAUCUGAAGCUGGCGAGCAGGGAUUAAAUUUCCUCUUAGCUUCAUAGCUAGUGAGCUGAGCGAACUUGGAGCAAUCUCUAUCAGCCUCAAAGUCUACCACACAGGGACAAUAACACCUGUGGGACAGGGAGGGAAAAUCACAUACUGUAUGCAGUCACAUUUUCCCAGAGAAAAGGCUGGGUUUAAAACUCCAUUGAUGCAUUCAGUUAUUCAGCAGAUGCACAAGCUUAAAAAAGAAGAAGACAGCUCUCUGCCCUCUAGGAGCUUACAGUUCAAAUUCACAUGAAUUAUAAAGAUAACGCCCUCCCUGCUUUCCAUAAGUUAAUUUAUUUCUUCUUUAUACCUUCCAACUCUUCAAUUCUAUGAUUCUGUGUUUGAAACAUUGCACUAAUUCACUAAGUGGCUAAUAAGAUUGUAGGAUUACAGAUUUCUUCUUUUUUGGGUGGGAGUGGGGGCAGAGGGAAUAACUGGUCCAAAGCAAAGGAGGAAAUGUUGCAACUCCCAUAUCUCUUCCGUACGUGCCUUGAUAGAUCCCAUUUUUUAAGUCAAAGAAUUACAUAGCCACACAUUACUCUGAUGGUGAUAUUCCAUCUUUCUCGCCACCCAUCCAAAAAGGAGGCCUCAUUGCAACCUGUAGGACAUACUCCUGAGUAAACAUACAUAGGAUCUGAUGACAGGGCGGAUGUGCACAGCCUGAUCCCACCUGCAUUUACUUGGAAGGAAGCCCAAUUGUGUUCCUCAAGGUUUCCUCGCAGGAAAAUGUGUUGGCUUCACAGCUAAGCAUUGCAUCUUAGUCUACAUAUAUGUGGGGUGGGGGUUGUAUGUGGAGGGAGGGGGGGCGAGACUCUCUUUCUCUGUGCAGUCUCUUCUUAAGCCGCUUCAGUUCCUCAGUCAGCUUCUCAAACUGCAGUUCUAAAACCGAAUUGCAGAAACUAGAUUUAGGAAUGUCUCUUAAACUGAGUCAGAGCACUGGCUCAUUUUUCUAAGUACCAUCGCAACAGUUUCAGCUAGGGGGACAAGUUCAGGCCUACCUGGACAGGCUUUCUGCAUGAAAAGCAGAUGCUCCAUCACUGAGCUAGGGCCCUAGCAGGGAACAAGCAAACAGGCCCAUUUCUGCUUAACUGGUUUUGGUGUCUUUAUUCGGAAUGGAGGCAAGGACACCAGUUCUUGUGGCGAGAUAGAGCUUCUUCUUCCCCCCUCUCACUUCCCAGCUCAGCCCCUUGCUAGAGAGAGCCUGGGCCUGUUAUUUCGCCUCAGGUCGCUCUCCUCGAUGGGGGCCUGCUUUUGAGCAAUCGUUAAUCGAUUACAAACUUUGCCAUAAACUUUACGAGGCAAACAGGCCCACCAGGGUGCUCAUCGCUGGCUGUCAAUUAAUCCUGCAAGGCAGUGGGUGGGACCAGCUGUGUGUGUGUGUGUGUGUGUGUGUGUGUGUGUGUGUGUGUGUGUGUUAGAGAGAGAGAGGAAGAGAGGGAGAGAGGAAGAGAGGGAGAGCUAGAGAAAUAAAAAACGCCUAGCAUUUGAUGUUAGGAGGUAUAGCAGAUGUCAGGCUUGCGGGAUCUACUUUGCGUUUUUAUUACAACCCUGAGAUCCACCGUCCAGAGCCGGGUUGAGAAAGGAAAACGCUUGAAAGUUAAAUAAUUCCGAGCCAAGGACAUUUGUUUUAUGUACUAGAGCUAAUGGUCCUCCCAUACAAUACUGUGUUCCUGGUUAACUCCUCAGGCAGCUGUCUCCCACCUAGGAACAUGGGAGCUGCCUUAUAGUGAAUCAAACCACUGGACCCUGUAGCUCAGUGACUGGCAAUGGCUUUCCAGGAUUUCAAGCAGGAAGCCUCUCGCAGCCUUACCUGAAGAUGCCAUUGAGGAAUGAACCUACCGCUGACCCACAGCCCUUUCCCUUCAUUUUAGGAAUAUAAUUUAGGCUGGGAGCGGGGGAGUCUGAAAUCUUCAUUGAUCUGUUUCAAAACCACCCUGAGGUUUGCAUGUAGUUCCUCACCUACCUCACAACAUUUACCUCACUGCAGGGAUGAUGUCUCUGCCAACGGUCUCUGCAUGGAAAGAAAAACCCCACCACAUAAACUUAAACAGGGGGAAGGGGUCAGGUUACAUUAGCAUGCACCUAAGGGUUAAACCAUGGGUAGGAAAACUAAGGCCCUGGGGCCGGAUCUGGCCCAAUUGCCUUCUAAAUCUGACCCAUGGACGGUCCAGGAAUCAGCGUGUUUUUAGAUGAGUAGAAUGUGUCUUUUUAUUUAAAAUGCAUCUCUGGGUUAUUUGUGGGGCCUGCCUGGUGUUUUUACAUGAGUAGAAUGUGUGCUUUUAUUUAAAAUGCAUCUCUGGGCUAUUUGUGGGGCAUAGGAAUUCAUUCAUUUUUCCCCCUUCAAAAUAUAGUCCGGCCCCCAACAAGGUCUGAGGGACAGUGGACCGGCCCCCUGCUGAAAAAGUUUGCUGACCCCUGGGUUAAACUCCCAAAGUUCCCUUUAUGAUGAGCAACCAAAAUGGCGCAAAGCAGCGAGCAAGCUUUGGAGUCCACCAGAGCUCUUCAUCAGAGGGAUAUUAAGCAAGGGGGGGGCGCAUGAGGGGCAAACUGAUUGCUGCUAAAGCAAAUGGGGGAGGGAGCAUGUUUGUUAGGCAAGAGCUUCAUCUCGCCUAUAAUUGCACAACCUUAAUUUGCUGGUGUGCAAAUGACUCCCACCCCAAAACUGCAAAAAUAGCAAGGUAGGGCAGGGGCAAAGACUCACUGCCUGAAACCCUGGAGGGAGAUCUGUUGCCAAUCAGGGUAGACAAGACUGAAGAGAUGUGGACUCAGUUGUUCUGCCUCAGUUUCCCAUACUGCAGAUGCGGUGAUUGUGCCCCUUACCUCAAAGUAAAUUCCGAUCGAAAUGGGUAGGGCUUAAUUUCAGGACAGAGGAAAGUUGCUGAACGAUGUUCUCAGACCUUCCCUGAGUCCUAGAAAGAUGGAUUUCUGAUUGGCGUUGCUGCUUGGAGUCCUGGCUGAGGCGCCUUCUCUCUAUAUAUAAAUCUAAGGAGCACUUUGGAAGGGGGCAGACUCACGCUGGAGAAAGGGGGAGAAACAGAGCAAUGCAAAUGGAACAUGGGGCUGGAGCGCCUCUCCUCUAAAGAAAAGUGAGGGGUGCAUUGAGAUAAUUCCCAGACUCUAGAUUCAAAUAUCAUGUGCUCCCACAGGACGGGAAACCUGUGGCAUUCCAGAUGUUUGUGGGCUCCAGCUCCCAUUAUCCCCUGACCAUUGGUCAUGCUGGCAGCAGGGCCUGACGGGAGCUGGAGUCCACAAGAAUAUGCAAGUGUUCCCCAUUCCUGGCCUUGAGAACAUUUUUUUUGUAUUACUACUUCUGUGGCCUUUUCAGUGGUGGCUCCCGGCUUGUGAAAUGCUCUCCCCCGGGAAGCUUGCCUGGUGUCCUCAGUGCAUAUCGUUAGGUACCAGGAAAAAAUAUGUUCCUUUUUAACCAGGACUUUGGCUUCUAAAUAUCUACAGCUUUUGGCACGGGUGGGAUGGUGUGUCACUAGUUUUAAUGUAUGGAUGUGUUUUUUACUAAAAAAUAUUGUAAGUCGCUUUGAGUUGCUAUGGCAAAAAGGUGACUAAUAAAUUUAAUAAAUAAUAAUAAUAAAAUUAGAGGAGAAAGAAAGAAAGAAAGAAAGCAAAUAAUGCAAAUAAUGGAAAAAUAAGAUGGGUGUCUGAUCCAGCCAUUUUUUGGGGGAUGUGUGUGUGUGUAGGGAUCUAAAAGUAAUCAGCAGGCUAAUAUAUAAAAAUGUAAACAAUAAUCUCCUGUGAAACGGUGGAAAGAGUGAGAGAUGUCUGUGUGUGUAUCGGGAGGGGAAAAUACAAGAAAAUUGCGCAUCCAUUUUUAAAAUGCGGUAUCUGCGGGACAUAUUACCAAGCCAUGAAUAAUUGAGGGGUCUCCUGUAGCCAGUCGCCAGAGCCCAUAAAAAAAAAUACUCCUGGCGUGCGCUCCUUUCCCCGAGACCAGAUAAGAAUAGCGUUUAAACAGCCUGGCCGUGUUUUCGUCGCCACCUUCCCUCUUGGGGGCCGUGAGAAACUGGGGCCGGGGAGCCGAGCAGCUUCCUAUCAUUAAACCCCGAUGAAUAAUUCAGACAAAACCUCAACAUCGUUUUUAAUAAAGCCUGCGGUGUGUUUUAAACCGGAGGGGAUUCGGAGCUGAUCUAUAAAAGUGAGCGGAUGAGAUGCUUUCUGGGUUGAAUUGUAAAAGGGGAGUGUGUGUACAUGUGGUUUUGUUUUGGGGUUUUUUUGGGGGGGGGCGGGGUUGCAGACGCAACUAAAAACCGAUUAUCCAAAAUCAGGGAGGGGGACUCUGUGUCCCUCCAGAUGCUGGACUACAACUCCCAUCAUCCACUGGCUAUGGAUGAUGGGAGUUGUAGUCCAAGGACAGUUGGAGCUCCCCCCUCCCCGAUUUUCCUAUCCAUGGCUACUCUGGAGUAGCGUGACCUUCAGACCCUCCAAGUGUCCCUGUUUACUCUGCGGGAGCUUGGCUAGCAUUGCGCUAUGAAGCUGCCACGGCAUUCAAGCGGUUACUUGGAAGUAAACCCCACUGAAUUUUACGGGGCUGGCUUUUUAGUAAAGGAACAAGAUGGGAGUUCUGGCACAAAGGAUAUGGUGAUGUUUUCCAUUUCCCCUCCCCUCUCUCCCUCAUCCCGAUUUGUUCCAAGUGAUUUUUAAAUUGCUAAUAUCUGGAGGAAUCGUCAGAGUGCUUUUGGUUAUUGUUUUUAAAAUCCGACUUCCAAAUUUUCUUCCCCUAAACGGAGGGGGAGGGAUAUAAAGUGUACCGUAUUAAGAAUGGGUGUCCAGCACCUAGCACCGCGGGGAGGGGGGAGAGAGCAGGGUUGCCAGGGAAUUUCCAGGAGCUAAAGUGACACAGCUUUGUUUGGGGAGGGGAGAGUGUCCAUCAGGUGCCAUGCUUGAAUUAAAAGAGGUUUGUCCUUUAAUUUUUCAGAUCACCCAACUGAAAAUCGAUAACAACCCCUUUGCAAAAGGAUUUCGAGAUACCGGGAAUGGCAGGAGAGAAAAAAGGUAUGUAUGAAUAUUAAUCAAGUCUGGGGAUUUUUUAAAAAAUCAGGACACCCACCCACCCCUUUUCGUUCCUCCUCCUCCUCCUCCUCCUCCUCCAACUCCCCUCUCAGGUGUUGACCUGCAGAUGUUUUGGAACCCCCUUAACUCCUGACCAUUCAUUGGUCAUGCUGGCUGCAACUUCUGUAGGGCACCAAGUCUGCCUGCCUUUGAGUUGCCUGUUGUGGCUGCAGUCUGAAAAGCCCUUGAUGGAAAGCAACCCCACUAAGCACACUGGACUUACUUCCAAGCAAACAUCUGUGGGAUUGUGACCUGCACCUUAAUCUACAAAUGUUUACAUGAUAGUUAUUAAUAGCAGUAGCAGUAGCAUUUUAUGUGUUGUUCCGCCGGCGUGCCCAUUUAUCAAUUACUAUUGCUACUACUGUUAUUAAAUAAUGAUUUAUCAAAGCCACAAUAAUAAUCAGAAUAUUAUUAAUAACCAUCCUAAUAAAAACUGCACCAUCAGUAUGCUCGUUAUUAUACUGAUGGUCCAGUUAACAGAAACAACCAUGAAUAAACAUAGGCACAUUGGUGGUGCAACAAUGAAUGUGUGUGUGUUUUUUAAAAAAAUAUAUCAUUACAGUAUUAUUGUUAGUGCCAUCAGCAUUCCUGCCACUUCUCAGAGCCCAGGUCUCUGCCCAAUAAGCGUAAUAAUCUAAAAUGUGACCCAGGGAAAGUAGAGGCAGGGUUAAGCAGGGGAGAAAUAUGUGGCUGUCUCAGUUCCACGGGUUUAGGUUUGGUUACAGGUAUAUAUAUAUCUGCAGUUACCAGUGAAUAGCCAGUGAUCCCUUUCUCUGGCUGUUCCUCUCAAAACCGAAAAGGCAGAGACGGAGAAGGAGGCUCUGGGCACCUACCUCACUGACCAUCUGUUUCAAACUUAAGACUAAAGCCUGCUUUUUGUCACUGAAAGGAAACAGCUCACUCUCCCCUCUUUGCGGAUGUACGAAGAUCAGUGCAAGGCAGACCGGGAUGGGGGCGAAUCGGAUGCAUCUUCGUGUGAACCGGCCCCCGUCCGGGAGUCGCUCCACUCCCCCUUGGGCACAACUCCCAGUCCCCUAAGGCUCCACCGGAACAGCAGAGGUAAAAAGCUUCUGAAUACCUCACUCCAAAAAAUAAUAAUCUUGAGUAGGAACCGUAGUUUGCUCAGGGUGCUAGGAGCUGUUGCUCUGCUAGGGGAAAACUACAGUUCCCAGGAUUGUACUUUUUUGGGGGGGAAGAAAUGUGCUUUAAAUGUGUGGUGUGGUCCUGUUGAACUUUGUGGGGGCUCUUUUUCCCUUCUGAAACUACAAAAGACUUUGUUGUUGCUUUCUGCAGGCUGAUCCCAGGCAUGAUUUACUCAGAAGUAAAUCCCGCUGGCUUCAGUGGGGCUUCCCCCAAAUGAUCCCACAUAAAGAGCUCCUGGCCUUUCAAAGUGCUAUAUUUUUCUCCAGGUUGGAUGCAAUGGGAAGUUUACUUCUGAGUAAACAGGUGCAGGACUGGAAGGCAGGCCCUUGUGUCCAUGGGGUUGUAUCUAUUGAUUAACAACAAAAUUAAUAUUUUCCCCUUGAGCGAGUUCAAAGCGCUUAACACAUCUUUUCGCAACAGGCUUGUGAGACUGCCAGUGUGAAUAUCAUUCCCACAUUGCUGAGUGGGGUUAGGGCAGCUAUUUUACCUUCUUGUACUUGCGAUGUGAAAGAUCGAAUUAUUUUUCUUUUAAUCAGCAACAGAACGGGGGGGUUCAGAUCGCACUGAGCAAUGCCUCAUUUUAACCAGCACGUUCGUGGGUGUGCGUUAAUUCAGCACCAAGCCGUGUCGCCUUGAAAAUCUACCUGUCUAGCAUCAGCCAUGCUCAGAGGAGACCCAUUGAAAUGAAUGGACAGGAUUCAUUUUUAGCUGGAUACAAACCAGUGGCUCUGGUUAACUACACCUCAGGAAAGUGUGCUUAGAAUUGCAAUGUGGAAUAGGCACCUGAAAUAGCAUUCCCUAGGGCUAAACCCUUGAAACCUAUGUAGGAUUUGGUGAGAUUCCUGCAUUGCAGGGGGUUGGACUAGAUGACUCUCGGGGUCCCUUCCAACCCUACAAUUCUAUGAUAAUUUAGGAACACAGGAAGGUGCAUAUUGAAAUCUAAUUGGAAUCAUCUAUCAAUAUUUUAUACCUAGGAAUAUACUUCCCUGGGGGUAAACCUCAUUUGAACAGAGUAUGGCAUUGUCCUGCCCCUUCCCAACCAAUCUAAUCUAAGAUAUAAAUCCUAAAGUGAGGAGUUUCUUAUCAAGAUUGCUGAGCUUAAUUUAAGAACCAGAGUGGAUUUAUUUUUAUUUUUGGAUUUUAUUUCUGUCGAAAGAAAGAGUCUGCUUCGAUGGGCUUCUCAUCAACUCAACUCUCUUUCCUCACUCCCAGCCAAUAAAAAUAUUAGCUUAGAAAGAAAAUUGGAGAGCUUUCAAAGGGGAGAGGAAGAAAAGAAGAAAAACAUCAUUACAUUUUUAGUGAUUUAGCUUGCAAUCCCCCCUCCCCCCCCCGUUUUACAACCUGUAAAUCAAAUUUGCAAAAUAGAACCCACUGGAUUUAAAAGGCAAGAGACUCAACAACGCAAUCCUUUACCUGUCUACUCAGAAGUAACUCCUGCAGAGUUAAAUGGGGCAUGCGUUCAGGGAAGUAAAUUUAGGAUUUCGCUGCCUCAGACUUCAAGAUUCAGAUAAAUCUUUUUUGUUACGGAUUUGCAGCCUGAUCUCAACGACGAAUAAGAAGUCUUUUCCUUUGUUGCCUGCAUAAUAUGCAUGCAUAUUUUUAGAAGUAUUUUUCAUGGAUAUCACAGCACUUUCCAAGUAAACAUCAUUUAGGUUCAGGAUUAGCCCCAUUGAAUCUGGUGGUUCGGUGUAUUUCCACUUCCAUAAACUGAUACAGGAUGUUUUUAUAUAUUUUCCCUCUUCAGUGCAUCUUACUCGCUUGCUCUCCACUCCCAGCAACAGAUACGAUCCUUCUGACAUCUUAUUUUUCUUCCAAUUACCCAUUUCAACAAGGGCAAUUUCCCCCAUCAAAACAGAUCGAAUUUCUCUUCCAGUUGGGGGAAGGAAAGAGGGCGAGGAGAAGGCGCUCCUUCACUGUUUGCUUGUGCAAAAUUAUGGAUUUUAAAUAAAAUGGAGUAAGAAACCUUUCCCCCCUCCUUUUUUUACGUUGCACGAUAAGUGGAUCUCUCCAGGUGUUGACGUGAUUGAAAUGGCCAGUUUUAUUAUGCCUACGCAAUGGAGAGCAAGCAGUAUAUAUACACAGUAUAUAUAAUUUCUCUCCAUCACUUUGCUGGCGAGAAUGGUCAGUCGCUGGGGCGAAUGACCCUGUUCUCUAUCGCCCCCUGGCAGCGGCUCUAAGCACACUUCAUUUCCUUCUUCACCUGUCUAUAUUUCUCCACUCCUUUGAGGGUUGGUUUUUUGUUUUGUUUUUUUGCAGUCUCCUCCAGCGACCUCAAAUUGGAAGGUCAAUCAGCUGCGCUGCUAGUUGAUCAUUUAUUACAGAGCAGAAGAGUAUUCGUUGCAUCAGUCCACAGACCAUAGCAGAAUGGUGGCCAUCUAAAAAGAAUCGAAUAAACAAAUAGGAAUCCCCAUCUCAAUAUGGCUUUCCCUUCCCCUUAUGUGUUGUGAGGUCUCUGUCUCUCACAGUCCAUUCCAUUUUAAACUGACUUGGGCUGUCAUCCUAUGCUCCAAGGAUGGAGAACCUCUGGGUGUCAAAUGCAGCCCUGUCUCACUCAGGUUGUGGAGUUGGACCAAAGAGGGGGUCUGGGGGCCAUAUUUGACCCGCAGGGUGGAAGUUCCCCAACCCCUGAUUUAUUCCAUUGUAAGUGGUUUCUUGUAGGGACGCGGGUGGCACUGUAGGUUAAACCACAGAGCCUAGGACUUGCCAAUCAGAAGGUUGGCAGUUCGAAUCCCUGCGACGGGGUGAGUCCCGUUGCUCGGUCCCUGCUCCUGCCAACCUAGCAGUUCGAAAGCACAUCAAAGUGCAAGUAGAUAAAUAGGUACUGCUCUGGCGGGAAGGUAAAAGGCGUUUCCGUGCGCUGCUCUGGUAGAAGCGGCUUAGUCAUGCUGGCCACGUGACCUGGAAGCUGUACACCGGCUCCCUCGGCCAAUAAAGCGAGAUGAGUGCCGCAACCCCAGAGUCAGCCACGACGGGACCUAAUGGUCAGGGGUCCCUUUACCUUUACCUUAAGUGGUUUCUUCUCUGAAUACAACAACAACAACAUCCCCUUGCUAGAGAUUUGGUUAAUGUGCACUUCUGUUUGACAACGCAUAGACAAAGGGAACUUCGAGAUGACCCCGUUUAUGGAGUUUCCAUCUUGAUUUGUUUGCAGGGAAAUGAGACAAGGCCUGCUAUUUAAUGAGGGUUCAUUCUGAUUUGUUCACGGGGAGGUUAGAUAGAACACUGCAUUUGUCGCACACUUUCCAAUGCAUUCCCCUCCCCAUCACUUUCCUUCUUGCAAAAGAAAAAGGCUGAUCUGUUGGGGGAGGAGGUUUACUGUGUAAGACCCUCCAAGUGUGCAACCCAAAUUUGACAUUAGAAAGUUGGGGACUUUUUUAGUUUGGAGAAAAGUCGAGCAAGAGGUGACAUGAUAGUAGUUUAUAAAAUUAUAUAUGGCAUGGGGAAAGUGGAUAGAGAAAGGUUUCUCUCUCUCUCUCCACUUGAAAUCAUGGAAAUCCAAUUUAGCUGAAUGUUGGAAGAUUUCAGACAGAAAGAAGAAAGUCCUUCUUCAUGCAGCGCAGAGUUAAACUACAGAACUACAGAACAGGAGGCAGUCAUGGCCACCAACUAGGAUGGCUUUAAAAGAGGAUUAUACAGGUUCUUAGAGGUUGAGGCUCUCUUUGGCUACUAGCCCUGAUGACUAUGUUCUGCCUCCACUGUCUGAAGCAACAAUAAUUCUGAAUAAUAUCAGCUGCUGGAAACUGCAGCAGGGGAGAGCAUGGAUGUACACAGGUCAUGCUUGAAGAUGGGGCUACCUUUGAAGGUGACCUGGAAACUACAAAUAAUCCAGAAUGCGGCAGCUAGACUGGUGACUGGGAGUGGUCGCCAAGACCACAUAACACGGGUCUUGAAAGACCUACAUUGGCUCCCAGUACGUUUCCGAGCACAAUUCAAAGUGUUUAAAGCCUUUAAAGCCCUAAAUGGCCCCAGCCCAGUGUACCUGAAGGCGCGUCUCCACCCCCAUCGUUCUACCCGGACACUGAGGUCCAGCGCUGAGGGCCUUCUGGCGGUUCCCUUACUGCGAGAAGCCAAGUUACAGGGAACCAGGCAGAGGGCCUUCUCAGUGGUGGCACCCGCCCUGUGGAAUGCCCUCCCACCAGAUGUCAAAGAGAACAACUACUACCAGACUUUUAGAAGACAUCUGAAGGCAGCCCUGUUUAGGGAAGCUUUUAAUGUUUGAUGCAUUACUGUAUUUUAAUAUUUUGUUGGAAGGCGCCCAGAGUGUUUGGGGAAGCCCAGCCAGAUGGGCGGGGUAUAAAUAAUAAAUUAUUAUUAUUAUUAUUAUUAUUAUUAUUAUUAUUAUUCCCGGAGGUGGCCACUGUGAGAACAGGAUUCUGGUCUAGCUGGGCCAUUGGCCUGAUCCUGCAGGCUCCUCUUAUGUUAGUAUGUGAUUGAAUCUUGGAAGUAACCAAAGGUGUAAAAGAAACCCAACAAUACAAGAGCCCUCUUUAAUUUUAUUUCCCCUCUCCUUUUGCAGAAGACAAGGGCAGCGACCAAGAGCUGGAGAAGCUCCCCGAAGGGAAGAGAACAAGCCCUGACCCUGGGAACUGCAGCCCCCACAGCAGCCCCCGUUUGCAAGGCGGCGAAGAGCGGAGUAAAGAGAGAGCCGGCAAAGCCAGCAAUCUCUCCAAAGAGAGCGCCGCCGAAGGGGGCAUUUUCAGCCCCCUGGGCUUGGAGAAAGACAAGGUGGAGGGGCGCAGGAAAGAGGCACCCCAGCCGUCUCAACAGCAGCAGCAGCAGGAAGGAUCCAAGAAAGAGGCUCCGGAUUGCGCCACCCUGGGGGGCAGCAAGGAGUCCUUUGCCCCGCUGAUGGUGCAGACAGACAGCCCUCCGCACCUGAGCGCUGGGCACCUGCAAAGCCUGGCGCUCUCGGGGCUCCACGGCCAGCAGUUCUUCAACCCCCUGAGCACCGGCCAGCCCUUCUUCAUCCACCCGGGACAAUUUGCCAUGGCUCCCGGGGCCUUCUCUGCCAUGGGCAUGGGCCACUUGCUGGCGUCAGUGGCAGGCGGAGGGAGCCUGGAGAACGGAGGUCUUUCUGCCUCGCAAGGGGCAGCUGGCACGGCCACCCCCUUCCCUUUCCACCUCUCCCAGCACAUGUUGGCUUCUCAGGUAAGGCGGCAAGGUGCGGGGAGCUGUUUUGGGAGGGGGAAAUGGCUAAUGGUGCUGUGGUGUAAUAACCUGGGCAGCCCGGUACCCAAGUAGAUCAAUGUGCUUUGCCUAUAGGAGGCCCUAGGUUCACUCCGCACUGUCAGCUGCUGUGGCGACCAGGUAGCAGGUGAUGGGAAAGACUGGAGAGUCACUGCCAGUCAGAGAAGGCAGUGCUGGACUGGAUGGCCAAACAGCCACACCUGCUAUAAGGCAGGUUCCUAUGUUUCUGCAGUCUUUUCCUAGGGCAGCAUGGCUAAGCGCGAAGGCUACAAUCCUAGGCAAGCCCCUUUGAACUCAAGCAAUGGGUUUACUCCUGAGUAAACAUGCACGAGGACAGGCUGCACCAAGGCUCAGUUUGUGAACUAGGGAAAUCUCUGCAGUUCAAAUCCGGCCCUUUGCCAGCCCUCCUGACUUGGUAUUCACUCCUGCAUCUGCAAAAUGGGUAUAAUGAAUGACCAUAUGCAGUGGUUGUAAAGGCCUUUGGCAGGAUGCUGAGCCAGAUGGGCCUUUGGCCUGAUCCAGCAAAGGAAUGAAUGAGCAUAUGUAGGCAAAUGAGCUUUCUCUGUGUCAUCCUUGCUGCCACCUGGGGAGUGUAUACAUAGUUUCUGUGCAGGAUAUGAGAGCUUUUGAGAGUUUGGUCCAGGCAACCCGUAUGCUGACGCAGGAAUUUCACGGCGGUCUGUUCCAUGAGCUUUUACUGGAGUCAGCGGUGGAAGCUGAUCCUUUAGGGCAAAGGGGGAACUGCCACACCAACCUCAACCUGCCUUUCGCCUGCUUUCUUAUUUACAACCACACCAGGAGGUGACCCUGCCUGACAUCUCCCUCCUUUUUGCCUCCUGUAGAACUCAGCCAGGUGGUGGAUGGAGACAAAACUAUAAUUAAGUUGGCCACACUCUUCAUUUGCUCUGGCUCCACCUACUGCGUUGACUCCUUGUGUUCUGCCCCACCUAUUCCAAUGGGCACCAGCCACUGCAGUGGGUCAGGAAAUUCUUCCUAACGUUCAUCCCCAAUCCAUUUAAUUUUCAUUUGGUUCCAUUGGCUUUUUCCUACCCUCUGGAACAACAGGAAACAUGUUUGUUCCAUCACCCGCUUGACACCCCUUCAAAUACCUGAAGACAGCUAUCAUAGUCACCUCCUAAUAAUCUCUGGGCUAAAGACACCCAGUGCCUUCGACCGUUCCUCAUCUGGCUUGAUCGCCACCAUUACUGGUCUCAUUAAGGAGCCUGGGAUAAGCCUCAGAGGGAGUUAUUGGGACUUCAGUACACAACUGUUGUCAUUAGGGUGCCCUUGGGGAACUUUCCUAGAAGCACAAGACUGGGACAUCAUAGGAACGUAGAAGCUGCCUUGUACUGAAUCAGACCACUGGUCCAUCUAGUUCACUAUUGUCUGCACUGGCUGGCAGCAGCUUUCUCCAGGGUUUCAGGCAAGGGACAUUCAAAGCCCUAUCUGGAGGUGCUGCCAGGAUUUGAACCCGCGAGAUUCUGCGUGCAAAGCACAAGCACUGCCACUGAGCUAUGGCUUUUCCCCGGCAGGAGCUGAAACAAGGCUAUGUGUUGGGCAGGGAGGGUGUGCUUGCUUUUGUAAUGCUCUUUGCUCACGGGAAGAAGAAAAAAAGACAUUUUAGGAAAUAAGUGUCUUGUGGCUCUAACUAAGAGGUGUUUUAUCUAUCUGUUUGGGUUUGAUUUGAAAAUUGGAAGGGUUUUUAUUUUUUUGUCCAGAAUGCAUUUAAUUGCAUCCGGACUGGGUGGUGUUGGGUGCUGCCCCGGUUGAGACUGCUGGGGAAGAAGGCAGGAAGAUGGUCAACAGAUGAAAUCAGAGCCAAUUAUAGGCAAGACCCGCUCCCUGAUUGGUAACAGGCAGGAGAGGGCGGGCUGAGGUCAGGCUGUGAUUGGUGGAGCAGUCGCCCAUUUGCCCGGUUGGGUAUAUUACACUGCAGUGUUAAAACAUGAGAGGGGAUAAGGCUUUUGCCAGAAGGUGAACCUGCCAGUGCUGGGAUGCGCUUCAGUAAUUCUGGCUUGUCGCCUGCUCUGCACCUGGUCACCUGUGGCAUAUAGAUUUUUCUGCUAGCCAUAGUCAGGGGACCUUUUGUAAACUAGAAGAUGACGAGUUGUUUUGUUUAUGUGCCGCAAAAGACUACUUGUCACAGCAACGUGCAGACAGGUAGGGCCAAGAACAUAAGCCCUGCAGUUGGGUCAGGCCAAAGGAGGACCUGUCAAGCAUCUCUUUCUCAGUGGCCAACCAGAUGCCUCUUCUGGGAACCUCACUGAGCACCGCAGUGGCUCCCCCUACUUUGAUUUCCCAGCAGCCAGUCUUCAGAGGCAUCUGAGAUUGGAGGCAGCCCAUAGUCAUCAUGGCUGGUAGCCAUCAACAGGCUUCUCCUCCAGGAAUUCCUCAAAGCUGGUGGUCACCACUGGAUCUUGCAUGCCAGAGUUCUAACUAGGCGCUGCGUUAGUCAUGUUACUUUUGUUGGCUUGCAAAGGCUGAAGGCUGAUGUGCAUAUCUGGGGCCUUUGCCAUUCUCAGCUGCGGUCAAGGUUGAUCCUAUUGGUCUUGGAUCUGCCAUCUGGCCUAGACUCCUGCCGACUCAGAACUAGAACCCAUAUUUAGCCUCUGCACGUGGCACACUUCAUUUUUAGUUUAUUUUUGCAAUGUGAGUAUUUAUUUCCGCUUCUCUCUCAUCCUCCUCUUAUAUUCUCGCCACCAUUCCCUGCCACCAUUUGUACUCUCAUCUGUCCUGCCCCACUCUCUCUCCACAUAAUAAUUAAACAGAAAAGAAAAUAGCAGACUCAUCUUGGCUUCCUCCACACCCCGUUUUUCAGAACCUGGUGGUCUGACUCGAAGAUGCAUGAACCCAGGCCUGGGGAGCAAAUGCAGCCCUCCAGGCUACUCUGCCUAGCCCUCAGGACUCUCCGUAGGCCACACCUUCUCUCACUCUAAGCCACACCUCCUUCCCCAAGCCACACCCUCUCACUGACCCUGCUUUGCACCCUGAGGUGUUUUUGCCUGACUGAAACGUGUCCUUGAACUCGGACCGUGCCUCUUGCUAGUGGGGCCAAAAGAUAGAGAGAUCGGGUGUGUGAAUGUGUGUGUGCAGAUAGUUUCCUACUGUACAAAGGUAAAAUUCAAACUGUUGACUCAUGUGGCCAUCAGAAGACUGCCCCAAAGGAACACUGGCCCUGGGCUGGAACAGUUGCCCCAGUCUAACAGCACUGGCAUGCUCAGAUUACUGGGGAUUUUGACCGCAGUUCCAAGAAAGGUAGCAAUUGCACUCAUCUUUAGGAGGACAGGAAGCGGAAGUAUAACAAGAUAGACCAUUGGUUCCUUUUGUUUAGUUUUGUCUUGUUUGCUUGUGCUAGUUUAGUAUCCAAAAUGGCUACCGGGAUACUAUUCCUUCUAUUUCUAAUGUUUGGGUUGUGAGUGCCGCUGCAUAUAGAGUCAAAGUGGAACCACACACACACCCCAGCAGGCACAGGGAAGCCUCAAGGCCUGCAGAAUUACAAAAAUAUUGGGGGGCGGGGAAUAAUGAUGGAUGAACCCAAUGAGGACUGAGCAUGGUCAGCAGCCACAGAAUGCAGAAUGAGUGUUGGUGGGGCACUAGAAAGCUGGGGGCGGGGAGAAGGCGGAAUGGAGUGUGGUACAGGAGGAAAUGGCUGGCUGACUAGAAGACUGAAAAAGUGCACUCCACACUAUCAUUUUUGCUGCAGGUCCCACUUGAAAACAUGCAAUCUGUUCUGACAUGCCUGCUGUUUAUAUGCUGGAGGGUGCCCAAUUUCGAGAAUGUGAUUUCAGAAUUGCAUAUGUGAAUUCCCCCUAUGCAUAUCCCUAAAAGAAACCAACAACAACAAAGCCGUCAACUGAUUUGAAGAAUUGUUAAAUGAGCUUUCAGCCAGUUGGUUUUAUUUAAAUAAAUUUGCACACUAACCACGAUUAAAAUCUAAGAUAAAAGGGACCUAUCGUGGUUAGUGUGCAAAUUUAUUUAGAUAAAACCAAUUGGCUGAAAGCUCAUUUAACAAUUUAAUCAAUAAAAGAGUCCACUAAAUGUUAUAAACAAGGGCCAUUAUAUUUCUGUAUCAGAUUGGAACCAACCUGAGAUAACUCGGAUGUAUUCCCUCCUAACCCAUGAAUAGACUGAACCUUGCAGAACCCAUCUUAAAAUUGUAUUAUUUAUGUAGGAAAAAAUAUAUAAACUGCUUACGUUGAACUCCUUGCCUGUUGAUAUCAGGUAGCCAUCUUCACUGCACUCUUUUCAGCACCUACUAAAAACAGGAAUGAUGCAGAUAUUUAGAAAGCUGAUGAGAGUUUUCAUAUGUUUUUAGUUUAUUGUCGAUAUAAUUUUGGGGGAAAGUUUUAAAUUGUUGUUAAUUCCUCUUAUUGAUGGUUUUAUUGUUCUACUUUUUUUUUUGGUAAACUGCCAACUGACAAAAUGCUUCUAUUAGUGAAAAUAAUGUACAAAAAUGCAUUCAUAUUAGAGGAAAAAGCUUGCACGAAUGUAUACCCUGGGCACACAGACUGCACACAAAUUAGAUGAAAUUCACACAAAAAAGGUGCAUGAAAUUUUGUUGCGGCCAUUGAACUACAUUGCAAGCCUUUAGAGAAUUUGGCAGAUUUUUAAGAUUAGCUGCAGCUCAGUUAGGAGCACAAGUUAAGGGUGGUUGGCAUUAUUCUCCAGAUUUGGCAAUGCGGUUUACCAGCCAAACAAAUACGCAUGUGCAUGCAUGUGGGGUGUAUAUGGGAAAGUGGAAGCAAAAGUGGUGCAUGGAAAUAGGGGAAUUACUCUCAAAACUACAUAUAUUAAUAACAACAGAAAUGCAUCUCUUAGGCGGAACACUCAUGACAACUUCAUGCAGACGUCUUGUUGAUUUUCAAUGCACUCUGAAUGGGGUAAUCUGAAAAAAAUGAGAAGACUGAGAGGAACUGAAUUUUACAGAUUCAGUCAUCCUCAGCUGGACUUACAGAAAGAACUUUAGCUCAGUGGUAGAGCAUCUGUUCUGCAUGCAGAAGGUCCCAGGUACAACCCCCUAGCAUUUCUGGGUAGGUCUGGGGGGAAAAGGCUCCCUCUCUGAAACCCUGGAGAGAUGCUGCCAGCCAGUGUAGACAAUACUGUUGGCCUGACUUUAUCUAUCCAAAGCAAGUUCCUUGUUGUUGUUUUUUAAACCUCUUUUUUGAUAUUAGUUGGUUAAUCAAGGCAUUUAUUUAUCCAUCCUUUCUGCAUAAAAUUUUAAGCCUGCUUUAUCUGCUGGCGGAUCUAGUUGUGCUUUUAAUCAUACUGAGUCACUGCAACUCAAAGUGCAUUUAAGCAGCCUUUAGUAUCAAGGCAGGAGAUUUUCCUGGAUCAGGGCAGAAGGGAAGUUGUACUACGUCAUUUAGACAAAAGGUGUGUGGGAACCCAAGCUGGACCCAUCAUGUUUCUAGUUUUGUCUGUUCAGCUUAAUGCAAGCUUUCUUUCCCAGACUUAUUGAGCCCAACAGGGGGCGGAGCCCAGGGCCAAUGAUAGGGGAGGUCAGAGCUAAUCACAGGCAGAGGCAAUGAAUUCUUUAAAAAUAAAUAAAUAUUGAAACUUUUCAACAUACUAUACAAUAAAAGCCCAAUUGAUCUUAAUGAAAAUAGAAAAGAAAGGAGAGAACAAGACAAACACAUGAAAAAUAGAAAGGAAAACAGAAAGAAAGAAAGAAAGAAAGAAAGAAAGAAAGAAAGAAAGAAAGAAAGCAAAAAGAACAAGUUGAAAAAAGAAAGGAAAAAAGGGGGGACCUUCUAUUUGGGGCACAUUUUAAUCGUUGCCUCCCACAAAAGUUGGUGAACCCUCCCAACUCUCCACUGGGAGCUUCUCUUUCUUCGUCCAUCCUCCCAGCCUGGGAGAUCUUCCCUGCCUCUCACACAGGGUCCUCCAUCCUCCAUCCAUCACCUUCCUGUGUGUAUCCUCAUUAACACACAGUAGAGGACAUCAAGAAACAAAUCAAAACACAAGCAUAGAUUGAAUUAGCAGAAGAAGACAAUACCUAGAAAUCAUUAAAAAUAAAAAGAGAGCUAAGAAAGAGAAAUAAGGGCUUCCGAUUCUCUACCUGCCAUUUAUGUAGAUAAAAAUCAUUCAGAUUAUUCAAAAUGUUCACUCCAGGAACAGCUGUAUUCCAGGAUAAUGUUCAGCUGUUCCAGAGGCAACUAAUUCUAGUUUCCUCGGAAUCCUCCUCCCUGCUGGCUUCUACAAGAACACCACAAAGGAGGAGGGAGCUGACAGGCAGGACCCCCUCUGGGAAUGGUUAUGAAGAAGGAGGGAGGCAGAGUAAGGCCUGGUGGAAGGCAGACUGUGCUUUGGGGGGGGGUAGAGCCCCAUUUGCCACUUUGGACCAGUCUGUACUGUAAGCCCGUGCUUGUUCACCAGUUGCAUAGUCCCUUUCGUUUAUUAUCCAGAUCAGCACAAGCAGAAAGAAAGAAAGAAAGAAAGAAAGAAAGAAAGAAAGAAAGAAAGAAAGAUACAAUUCCCUGCCCCAAAGAGCUUGCAAAUUAAAACCUGACCGCAGUAGAGAAAUAAGACCGGAUAUGCCAAACGUGCAGCAAACUCCAUGUGGGCAAUAUAAAAAUAACAGAACAUAAUAAAUAAUGAACAGAAGUACAGCACAGUAUAUCCAAGACAGACUUAAUAUUAGGUUGGAAAAGUCCUUAAGACAAUUAGGAAAACCGAAUUCUGUGUUGUAAUGUGAAGAGGGAGCCCUGUGUGUCUAUAUUUGCUGUCCCUAAGAUAACCGCAUAGAAUUUUUCAGGGCCUUCCAAGCCCUUGCGACAGGUAAAGCAGAAAUUGACUGAUUUGUCCAUCUCUAGAAUGGGAGGGUAUGAAUUGUAACACCAAGAGGGCAAUAGAUAACAUGCUAAGAUGUGAGCAUGCUUGGCUACAUGGAACCAAAUCUGUAAUUUAAUGCGAUUCCUUUGCUUGUUCCUUUCCACUCUGCAACCGGUGGUUUUUCUGAGCUGUGAAAUUCCAUAACCUCCUUUUUGUCUUUCCUUGUUCCCAGGGAAUCCCGGUGCCUACUUUUGGUGGACUUUUCCCUUACCCGUACACUUACAUGGCGGCGGCAGCUGCCGCAGCAUCCGCCAUGCCGGUGACCAGUGCCGCCACUGCCAGCUCGCUAUCCCGGAACCCCUUUCUGAGCAGCGCCCGUCCUCGCCUGCGUUUCAGCCCCUACCAGAUCCCGGUCACCAUCCCACCAAGCACCAACCUCCUAACCACUGGCCUGCCUACCAGCUUGAAUGCCAGCUCAGAAGGUUCAAAGCCCGGAAGCAGCAGGGAAUCCAGUCCGCUCUCGGAUCUACCCGUUCACAAACCCAGCAGCCAACGGGCCUCGUUGUCCCCUAAAGGGUCCUUAAAGGAUUCCAUCAAUGAGCUCCAGAACAUCCAGAGACUGGUCAGUGGUCUAGACACCCAGAGGGAAGUCUCUCCCGGAAGGGAAUCCCCCAAGUGACUUAACCCUUGGGAGAGGCAGCCCCUCCAAAAGGGAUCAGGAGAUGCUGGGGGAAAAGGUGUGUACAGCACAGUAUAAAUAUUUAUUUUAAGAAAAGGAGGGGGGGAUUUAAGAUAAGGGAGAGUAAGGAUGAGGGAGCCCAGGUGUGAUGCACUACAGAGGCACCCAGAUGGAACAGGGGAGGAAGGAGGCACACUACAACAUUUGAGCGUCACCCGUUGGUAAGAAGCAUGGGAGAAUUUUGGUGCUGACCUGGGUUCUGGAGGUCAGUUCCACAACCACAUCUGCCCUCAAAUGCAGACUUGUCUCCUGGCUCUGGUUGUUGUAGCAGGAUAUAUAGAGAGAGCUAUGGUCAUGGAAGGGUAUGAUUCAGGCCACCUAUUCCUAUAGCUUUUUAAAAAAUAAAAUAAAUAAAUCAGCACUGUUGGAAAAGGCAUUUUGCUACUUUCUACCUAUAAGGAUGGAAUUUCUGAAAUGCGGACAUUGUUUUCAAGCAGGAACAAUGGGGGGAGAAUUUUCUUUCCUCUGAAAUCUACAAACUCUGGCCGACUGAACACUGGACAUUCAUUUGGGGCGCAGUGCAUAAGAGGACAGCAGACUUCUGAAAGUUGACAUCCAGCUCCCCGCCUUUACCGGGAGGCCAUCAAAAAUCAUCCACAGUGAUCUUUAGAAACUGGUACAGUCAGUGUGAUUGACUUUCUUUCUUUCUUUUUUCUUGAACUCAACCUGUGUACCAGAAAAAAAAAUUAAAAGAAACAUAAUAUUUAUGGAAUAAAUGGUAAUUUGUGUAAAUAAGCUAUACGAAUCCCAAAAUAUGCAAAAAUUGGUAUUAAUUUAUUCAGAGUUGUACAUUGGAGUGUACAUAAUUAGAGUUUAACUCGUCACAUUUCAUUGUUUUGUUUUUUUCAUUUUACGUGAGCAUACAUAUUGUAAAUGAAGACCUAUUUAGCUCUUUGUGAAUGGAAGAAAAUAUUGGGUUUUCUUUUUGACUUUUGUGUCUAAAAAAAAAGAAAAAGGCUUACCCUGCCUGUUCAAAGACAAUCGUGCCAUCAGUACUGCUCUGAAGACAUGGGGGGGAGGGAGUUAAAUCCUUUUUACAGGGACUCUACAGGGAACAGUGUCCCCUCCCAGUAUAUAACCAUUGAAAAUGAAAUUUUAAUGUUGAAUGAAUGGGGCAGUGGGAAUCUCUUUUGGAGCGUGGGGUAUUGAAAAAGAAAUGCAGGAAUAAACCUCAGGUUUUUAUUUUUCACUCCAGAACAACAAAAAAGGAAAAAAAAUAACCUUUAAAACUAUACUAAAAUUUAAAAUAUCACAUGGACAGUGUGCUAUAUAUUGUUUUAAUUUUUUUUAAUGACAUGAUUAGAAAAGUGCUGGUUAUUCGGGUAUCUAUCUGUUCAAUUUUUUUUGAUGAGUUCUCUCACAUCUUUCAAUAAAAAAUAUUCAAAG